GUGAUGAUGAUAUGUUGUCUGACAUGGAUGAUCAUCGCCAUGGUGGCCAUCGUGGUUAUCGUGACCGCCACCGUCGCCUUGAUGAUGAUGGUUUAAGCAAAGUGAAAGUGUCUAUUCCAAAAUUUAAUGGAAAAGAAAGUGCUGAUGAUUAUUUUGAGUGGGAGACUAAGGUUGAACAGAUCUUUGAUUUGUAUCCUUAUCCUCCUGUCAAGAAAGCAAAGCUUGCUGCAAUUGAGUUUUCAGGCUAUGCAAUCACUUGGUGGAAUCAAGUGUGUACUGAACUCCGACGCGCUGGACAUGAUCGUAUUACUUGGGAAGACAUGAAGAGGGAAAUGCGACGUCGUUUUGUUCCUGCAUAUUACUCUCGUGAUCUACAUUUGAAGCUAAAACGUCUUGUGCAAGGUACUCGUACUGUUGAUGAAUAUUUUCAAGAAUUGGAAAUGUGUUUACUUCGUACAGGGAUAACUGAAGAUGAGGAAUCCACAAUGGCUCGAUUUCUGGUUGGCCUCAAUAAGCCCAUUGCUGAUAAAGUGGAUAUGACAAACUACACAUGUCUCACUGAGUUGGUACAUUUUGCAAAAAGGGCAGAACGACAACUUGCUGGAUCUUAUAAAGAUCGUGCUUCAUUUUCAGCUCAUAAUAGUGCUACUUCAUGGCGCCAGUCACAGCAGCACGGGUCAGGGGUGCACACACCUACAUCUCGUGCAACUUCUUCCAAACAUUUUGAUUCCAAAGGCAAAGCUGUAAGCUCUACUCAGUCCAGCUCCUCUGCUACUGCAGCUCCAAGGCAUACAAGCAAGAUUGAGUGUUUUAAGUGUGGUGGUCAUGGGCAUAAGCAAGCUGAAUGUCCCAAUCGUCGUACGAUUAUUGCCCUUGCUGAUGGUUCAUAUGAUUCACAAAGUGAAGAGGAGGACGAGUUUCACAAUGUCUUUGCAGAUCAUACUCUUGACACUUGUGAGUAUUCAGCUGAGGAUGGUACUUUUGAGCUAGGUCUGAAUUGUUUAGCUAUUCAACCUAUUCUAACUUUUGCUCCCAGUGACAUGAUAGAAGAUGUUAUUUCUCCAUAUUCUAAUGAGAUUACUAGUGCUGAUUUUGAUGAGUUGCUUGCUGAUUUUUCUGAUUUGGAGCCUUCUAAAAUGAAUAGAUCAUCUCCUUAUUUGGUGGUUAGAAGAGUUCUUUCCACUCAGUUUGUUGUUGCUGAACAAGGACAACGUCAUAAUUUGUUUCAGUCCCGAUGCAAAGUGAAAGGUCAAGUGUGUCGUUUCAUCAUAGAUGGUGGGAGCUGCAAUAAUAUUGUUAGUGCCUUGCUUGUUGAGAAGCUUGGCCUACCAACACGCCGCCAUCCACACCCUUACCAUAUGCAGUGGCUGAAUAAUUCAGGGACAGUGAAGGUCUCAUCCAUGGUUCGUUUGUCUUUCUCCAUUGGUGACUAUCAUGGUGAGGUUGAUUGUGAUAUUGUACCCAUGCAAGCAUGCCAUUUGCUGUUGGGUCGUCCAUGGCAGUUUGAUGUGGAUUCGGUGCACUUUGGGCGGUCUAACAAGAGUGAUUUGAGAGAAGUGAGGAACACCACAGCCCCAUUCUUUGUGCUCUUGCACAAGGAGGUCCUACUUUCAACUAACGAUUUACCUUCAUCGUUGCCUAGUGCUGUUCUUGAUCUCUUACAGGACUUUGAAGAUGUUUUUCCUGAUGAGGUACCAGCUGGCCUUCCUCCACUCCGUGGUAUUGAGCAUCAAAUCGAUUUGGUACCUGGAGCUUCUCUUCCCAAUCGUCCAGCCUACCGUGCUAAUCCUGAAGAAACCAAAGAAAUUCAGCGACAGGUAAAAGAGCUUUUGGACAAAGGGUAUGUUCGUGAAUCUCUAUCACCUUGUGCUGUUCCAGUACUUUUGGUCCCUAAGAAAGAUGGAUCUUGGCGCAUGUGUGUCGAUUGUCGUGCCAUUAAUGCUAUAACUGUACGAUAUCGCCAUCCCAUUCCUAGGCUUGAUGACAUGUUAGAUGAAUUGAGCGGCUCAACUAUUUUCACCAAGAUUGAUUUACGCAGUGGCUAUCACCAAAUUCGCAUGAAAAUUGGUGAUGAAUGGAAGAUAGCAUUUACAACCAAAUUUGGCUUGUAUGAAUGGCUUGUGAUGCCCUUUGGCUUGACAAAUGCUCCUUCAACUUUUAUGCGCUUAAUGAAUCAUGUUUUACGAGCUUUCAUUGGCAAGUUUGUAGUUGUUUAUUUUGAUGAUAUUCUGAUCUAUAGCAAAUCAUUUGAUGAACAUCUUGAUCAUAUCCAUCAAGUACUUGCUGUUUUGAGGGAAGAGAAAUUGUAUGCCAACAUUGCUAAGUGCACAUUUUGCAUAGAUCGUGUUGUUUUUCUUGGUUUUGUUGUGACUGCAGAUGGCAUCCAGGUUGAUGAAGAGAAGGUUAAGGCAAUAAAGGAUUGGCCUACUCCUACAAAUGUGAGCCAGAAGGAUGUUCCAUUCAAAUGGGGAGAUGACCAAGAGCAAGCCUUUGUAGAGUUAAAAAGAAAGCUUUGUGAAGCACCACUGCUGCAGCUACCUAACUUCGGUAAGACUUUUGAGAUUGAAUGUGAUGCAAGUGGUAUUGGCAUUGGAGGUGUGCUACUUCAAGAAGGUAAACCUAUUGCCUACUUUUCUGAAAAGUUAAAUGGUCCACAUCUGAAUUAUUCUGUCUAUGAUAAAGAGCUUUAUGCCUUAGUUCGAGUUUUGGAAGUUUGGCAACAUUAUUUGUUACCUAAAGAAUUUGUCAUCCAUUCUGAUCAUGAAGCUUUGAAAUAUUUAAAAAGUCAAGGCAAACUGAAUCGUAGACAUGCUAAAUGGAUCGAGUUCAUAGAAACAUUUCCGUAUGUUGUUAAACAUAAGCGUGUUCUUUUACAGGAAGCACAUGCUGGUGGCUUAGCUGGUCAUUCCACAACAAAUUUUUGUCCAUUUGAAAUUGUUUAUGGUUUUAAGCCACAUACUCCCAUGGAUCUUUUGCCUUUACCAUUACAGGAACAAGUUAACUUGGAUGCAGCGAAGAGAUCCAAAUUUAUCAAGAAGCUACAUGAUGAGACAAGAAGAAAUAUUGAGAAGAAAUCAGCACAAUAUGCAAAGCAAGCGAACAAAGGUAAGAAGAAGGUUACAUUUCAGCCCGGUGACCUCGUGUGGUUGCAUCUACGCAAGGAUCGAUUUCCCCAACAACGUAAGAGUAAGUUAUCACCUAGAGGUGAUGGUCCAUUCAAGGUUCUAAAAAAGAUAAAUGAUAAUGCAUACAAAAUUGAGCUGCCACCUGAAUAUUCCAAUGUUAGUCCAACAUUCAAUGUCAAAGACUUGCUUCCAUUUGUUGGUGAGCCUGAGUCGAGGACAACUCCUUCUCAAGAGGGGGAGGCUGAUGAGGACAUCCCUAGCAUUCAUUCAUCUCCAAAUGAAACUCCACUUGAUAUAAGUGGUCCAAGUUGA